AUGGAGGGUAUCAAGCUGCACAAGGAGCUCAAGCGAGCUCUGCAAGAAGAGCGUCAGUUGCUUCAAAGCAUGGCCGAGGAGAGCUUUGCGUUGUGGACGAGCUCUUUGGAGGCCACCUUCACCAGGCUUGAAGAUCUGGGCGAGAAUCCAAAGCCGUUCGACCUUGAUUGCCGUCAAGAGGUCGUGGAAUGUUUGCCAGAUGAAGUGGACCCGGCCCCGGAGCAGUCGGCUGAAAUGCCUCAUCUCCCGCGAGUUACAGUUCAGAUGCCUGUGGAACUGUCGGCCUCCGUGCGCGGCAGCGAGUGCAGCGCCUUGAGCAGCCCACUGGAGCCAGACAGCCAAUUGAUGACCUUCGAUGAGACCAGCGCCAACCAGAAUGGCUUGAAUGGUGCGAGUGGGGGCUACGAUGUUUGGCUUACAGGAACUCCUCAAGCCAGUCCCGGAUUGCAGGGCAAGAAUGUCUUUGAGGAGAUCCAACAGUUUGCGAAGUCGGCGGCCUCCGCCUCGCACAGCAAGUCCGAGGGGCUGCUGGACCAAGGCUCUUCCAGCAAAUGGAAGGAGUUCAACUCUUCCCUUCUGAAUUACGUGGCUGGAGCACUGGUGCUUCUCAACUCGCUGAUCAUGCUUUGCGAGCUGGAAGUGGAAGGAAGGGCAAUUGGACAGCAGCUGGGCCAAGUGGGUGAAGCUGCGCCGCUGGAGGAAGUGCGGCCGGUCUUCAGCACUUUGGAUGGGGCCUUCGUCUUUGUCUUCCUGGCUGAGCUCCUGGCGCGGAUUUUUCUGGAACGAUCCAGCGUGCUUCGUGAUGUUGCGUUUUGGUUUGAUGCCUUUUUAGUGGCUGCAGGUUUGGCGGACAUGAUUAUCAUCCUUCCGCUUGUGGACUCUGGUGCCGGAGGGAUUGGAGGCGAUCCAAAGAACAUCGUCCUUCUUCGCCUGGUGCGUGCCUUGAAGGCGUUCCGUGCCAUCCGGAUGGUCAGGACCCUGAGGCUUUUCAAAGGACUCCGCCUUUUGGUGAAAGCCUGUCAGUGCUUCUUGCCCUCCUUGGGUUGGGCCAUGGUCUUGCUUGGCAUCUUCAUGUCCAUGGGGGCCUUGAUCCUCGCAACCCUGCUGCAGGACUUUCUGCUGAACCAAACAUACCCGCUCGAAGAGUGGAUUUGGAUUUGGAACCGUUAUGGGACUGCAUACAAAGCCUUGUACACUCUCUAUGAGAUCACCUUUGCUGGAAACUGGCCGGUCAACGUGCGGCCGGUACUGGAAUCGGUGUCUCAAUAUUACGUAAUAUUCUUCAUUUUGUACAUCACCAUCAUUGUCUUUGCAGUGAUCCGCGUGAUUUCCGCGAUCUUCUUGAAGGACACGUUGGACGCGGCCAACAACGAUGCCGAACAAGCGGUGGUGGAACGCUUGCAGAGCAAGAAGAAGUAUGUCGACAAAUUGGAGGCCAUUUUUAAGGCCAUCGACACCACCGGGGACGGCAUGAUUACAGAGGAGCGGUUGGCAGAGAUGUUGGCCAAUCCGGUCGUACAAACAUAUUUCCAAACGUUGGACGUUGAUGUGCACGAAAGUGCGGCUUUGUUUCACCUGAUGGACAAUGGAGAUGGUGAGGUCACAUUGGAAGAGUUCAUACAUGGCAUCAUGAGAUGCAAGGGACAUGCACGUGCUCUUGACCAAGUGGCGAUGCAGAAUCAGAUUAAGGCCUCCCAGUUUCCAACGCUUUUCAAGCUCGAGGGAUCGACGUUCUUUAGUCUGCAGGAAGGUCUCCAGUGGAGUGCGACGGCGAUGGAGCCCUUGGAACUCUUGGGCUCGGUGCUCCAGGAGGAUGUGUGCAUCAUGCACGAACGCGCUAGUGGAGGCGGACCAUGGGACGUUGCAGAAGGAGAACACCUCUUCGUGGCGGGCGUGGUGAUGGACUCCUUCGAUCCAGUGGCCAAGCACAUGCAGGCAGGCCGCUCCAGAUCCGCUGUGCCUGCCCGCCUGGACUCACUGGCUCAAGUUGCGUCCAACUCCCAAGCUGCAUCAACUGCGCCAGUGGCGGGAUAUUUGGCUCGAGGCGUCAGAAGAUGGGGUGCUGCGCGGGAAAAGCGGUUGUCUCCGGCAGCUGAGCGGACGAGCCCAUGUGGUCCCAUGCGACCAGGGGAGGACUCGUGCAUGCGACGGGGAGGACUCGUGCAUGCACGAAGACGUUCAAUGUGGCGAUGGAUGUGUAAUGGAGGCUAUGCCAUCUCCAGCUUCAUGAUUUGGGAGGUGACUCAUCCUGGCCUGCAUGGAAAAUUCAAUGCCUCGCUCAUUGCUCGGGUGUGCCAGGUCUGUGGGUGGGGCACUCUUGUAGGUCAGUUUUCAAGGACCAUCCAUGAAUUGGGCGUAUCCAGCACAGCAUAUCCUUGUCCACCAAUUUCGGGGGCGAUUCCAAUACCGCCAGGGCAGGGGGUAUGCCUUCGUCCUUUUUUGCGCACAACGUACCUCUGA